GCCUUGUUGCAGCUGCAUGUGCGACAAAGCAGACAACAUGAGAUGUGGACGGACAACGUCACCGUUCAUCAGCACCGGCGAGAUAGACCGACCAUCGCAAUCAUGCAGAGAUCGCGUUUGCCAAAACACCAACUUACGAUGGAGCAGGAGCGAUGCGGCAGCAAUGAUGCAUGCAAGUCGGCAGAACCAUUUCCUCCGUCUCCCGCGGUGUUUGGCUUAUCCCCGCAUGUUACCCGAUUGGGAAGUCGUAACUCCGACAUGCUUGGAGGAAGGAGACAUAUAAAGUCAGAGGCAGUCGCGAUGCUGCAAAUGACAAAACAAGCUGAUCAAAGCAUUAGCAACUUCAAUCCUCACACUGACUCAAUAAUCACACUCAACAUGACUUCCUUCAUCAAGAAAGUAGCCAUUGUCGGCGCCAGCGGGAACAUGGGCUCACACACCAUCAACGAACUCCUGAGACUCGGAAACCACGAAGUCACAGCUCUGACCCGCAAAGGCAGCAAUCUUUCUGUCCCACCGGCCGUCAACAUCAUCGAAGUCGACUACGACGACAUCUCAAACCUGACAGAAGCACUCAAAGGACAAGACUUCCUCAUGAUCACUCUCUCGGUCACAGCGCCCGAUCACAUCCACAGUAAUCUCGUCUCUGCGGCCGGAGCAGCAGGAAUCAAAUACGUCAUGCCCAAUGCCUACGGUUUCGACUUUACGAACCCAGACGUGGUGGCUGAUAUCCCUGUUGCUUCCAAGGUUUACUCGUACUUCCCUCAGAUUGAGGAGCUAGGCAUGAGUCAUUUCUCCUUGGUGUGCAGCUUCUGGUAUGAGUGGAGUUUGGGUAUUGGUGACCUAUACGGUAUUGACAUUAGAGAGAAGAAAGCAACAUUCUUUGAUGAUGGAAAGACAGUCAUCAAUACCAGUACUUGGGAACAAUGCGGUCGAGCUGUUGCGAAGAUCCUUUCUCUACCUGUCGAGGGUGGAGACAACAGCUUGGAAGCCUACAAAAACAAGAGUUUUUACAUCAGCAGUUUUAGAGUCAGCCAAAGGGAUAUGCUGGACUCAGUCCACAGAGUUCUCGGUACCAGUGAUGCGGACUGGGAGAUUGGUUAUCAGCCCAGCAAAGAGAGAUAUGCCAAAGGGAUGGAGGCUAUGAAGACGGGAGAUCGAACUGCUUUUGCAAAAGCCAUGUACUCGAGAGUGUUUUAUCCGGAUGGCAGUGGUGACUACCAAAGUAGAAGAGGAUUGGACAAUGAGGUUUUGGGGUUGCCGACUGAGGAGUUGGAUGAGGCUACCAAGAGGACAGUUGAGCUGGUGGAAACUGGAUGGAAUCCUUUCGGCCAGUGAGAGAGGUUUCGUUGACCAUCUGAGACUUGAGAUAUUUCGUAGUUGUGAUAGUUCUUGCAAGUCAGUAGCACUCAUCGCUUCAACGAUUGC